AUGUCCACACCAGCUCCCCAGAGGAGGCUGCUUGACCCCCUGAACGCCACCUCCCCCAUCAUCCUCAACCACAUGGCGCCCGCCAACCGGUCAGACCCCCUGUGUCAUGGCCUCUUCAUCCCCAACGAGGUGUUCCUGACUCUGGGCCUGGUGAGCCUGGUGGAGAACAUACUGGUGGUGACGGCCAUCUCCAAGAACCGCAACCUGCACUCGCCCAUGUACUACUUCGUCUGCUGCCUGGCCCUCUCGGACCUGCUGGUGAGCAUCGGCAACCUCCUGGAGGCCUCGGUCGUGCUGCUGCUGGAGCGGGGCCAGCUGGCCACGCAGACCCCCGUCGUGCGGCGGCUGGACGGCGUCGUCGACAUGAUGCUCUGCACCUCGGUCGUGUCCUCACUCUCCUUCCUGGGCGCCAUCGCCGUCGACCGUUACAUCACCAUCUUCUACGCCCUGCGCUACCACAGCAUCGUCACCCUGAGGAGGGCCUGGGGAGCCGUCGCGGGCAUCUGGGUGGCCAGCACCCUUUCCAGCGCCCUGUUCAUCUCCUACUACAACCACCCGGCCGUCCUCCUCUGUCUCGUCGGCUUCUUCCUCUCCAUGCUGGUGCUCAUGGUGGCCCUCUACAUCCACAUGUUCUCCCGGGCACGCCAUCACGCCCGGAGCAUCGCCCGGCAGCACAAGCGGCGAGCCGAGUGCCAGGCCGUGUGUCUCAAGGGGGCCGUCACCCUCACCAUCCUGUUGGGCGUCUUCUUCUUCUGCUGGGGUCCCUUUUUCCUCCAUCUGACCCUCAUCGUCAUCUGCCCCCAGAGUCCCUCCUGCUUCUGUUUCUUCCAGAACUUCAACCUCUUCCUCAUCCUCAUCCUCUGCAAUUCCAUAAUUGACCCUCUCAUCUAUGCCUUCCGCAGCCAGGAGCUCCGUAAGACCCUCAAGGAAGUGGCGCUUUGUUUCUGUGGUGCUCCUUCCUCCGAUAAGGGCCCGGAUCCCAGCCAGGGUGGGGGUUCUGCCUUGGGUGAGACCGGCCCCCCUCCCCAUCAGAAGGCUAAUGUCUUUGCUGCAGCAACUGAUCCAGGGAACCAGAGUCACCCCAGGACCUGGUGCAAGAAGAAAACUGACAGGACCAGCGAUGCCUUGGACCCCGGAGGCAGGAGGGCGGGGAGCACCGGGGAACCAGGAAAAAGACCGGUGAUUCCGUCCCCCAGCCCCCACCUCAUCCAGGAGCCCAGCCAAAGCCCCCAGCGAGAUCCCAGCAGAGCAAGCAGGGUGCUCCUUGACCCCUCACUCCACCCUGGAUGCCUCCUGGGGAACGGAGAAAGUGGCCAGGUCCUCCUGAGCUCCCAGGAGUGGGCGCCCGGCCUUCCGCAGCCGGUCCCAGCCCCGACACCCACCGCCCCCCGGCCCCGCCCCCGCCCCUGCAGCCCGCCGACCACCGCCGAAGCCAUGAGAGAGAUCGUCCACAUCCAGGCGGGCCAGUGCGGCAACCAGAUCGGAGCCAAGUUCUGGGAAGUGAUCAGUGAUGAGCAUGGGAUAGACCCCAGUGGCAACUACGUGGGUGACUCAGAUCUGCAGCUGGAGAGGAUCAGCGUCUACUACAAUGAAGCCUCUUCUCAUAAAUAUGUGCCCAGGGCCAUCCUGGUGGACUUGGAGCCUGGAACCAUGGAUAGUGUUCGAUCUGGAGCAUUUGGACACCUCUUCAGACCCGACAACUUCAUCUUUGGUCAGAGCGGCGCGGGAAACAACUGGGCCAAGGGCCACUACACGGAGGGGGCCGAGCUGGUGGACUCGGUGCUCGACGUGGUGAGGAAGGAGUGCGAGAACUGUGACUGCCUGCAGGGCUUUCAGCUGACCCACUCCCUGGGCGGGGGCACCGGGUCGGGCAUGGGCACGCUGCUCAUCAGCAAGGUGCGGGAGGAGUACCCGGACCGGAUCAUGAACACUUUCAGCGUGGUGCCCUCGCCCAAGGUGUCGGACACGGUGGUGGAGCCGUACAACGCCACCCUGUCCAUCCACCAGCUGGUGGAGAACACGGACGAGACCUACUGCAUCGACAACGAGGCCCUGUACGACAUCUGCUUCCGCACCCUCAAGCUGGCCACCCCCACCUACGGCGACCUCAACCACCUGGUGUCGGCCACCAUGAGCGGGGUCACCACCUCCCUCCGCUUCCCGGGCCAGCUGAACGCCGACCUGCGCAAGCUGGCCGUCAACAUGGUGCCCUUCCCCCGCCUGCACUUCUUCAUGCCGGGCUUCGCCCCUCUCACGGCACGUGGCAGCCAGCAGUACCGGGCCCUGACGGUGCCCGAGCUGACCCAGCAGAUGUUCGACGCCAAGAACAUGAUGGCCGCCUGCGACCCCCGCCACGGCCGCUACCUGACCGUGGCCACCGUCUUCCGGGGCCGCAUGUCCAUGAAGGAGGUGGACGAGCAGAUGCUGGCCAUCCAGAGCAAGAACAGCAGCUACUUCGUCGAGUGGAUCCCCAACAACGUGAAGGUGGCCGUCUGCGACAUCCCGCCCCGGGGGCUCAAGAUGUCCUCCACCUUCAUCGGCAACAGCACGGCCAUCCAGGAGCUGUUCAAGCGCAUCUCGGAGCAGUUCACCGCCAUGUUCCGCCGUAAGGCCUUCCUGCACUGGUACACGGGCGAGGGCAUGGACGAGAUGGAGUUCACCGAGGCCGAGAGCAACAUGAACGACCUCGUCUCCGAGUACCAGCAGUACCAGGACGCCACGGCCGAGGAGGAGGGAGAGAUGUACGAGGACGACGAGGAGGAGUCGGAGGCCCAGGGUGCCAAGUGAAGCCGCGCCGGAGGAACGGGCCGGAUGCUGGUGGGAGGCCUCAGCUUGGGUCCGCGUGAAGCCUUCCCCCCUCAGAAGGCCAAAGCCUCUUCGGUGUCCUCUCGCCUCCAACAGAGUCCUCUGCCAUCGCUUCCUGUUAGCCGAGAGCCGGGCGCCCGCUUCCUAGUCGCUUCCGAUUAAGGGUUCCAAGAGUUCGAUCAUUCAGUAUUUACUAAUGAUAUUCCCUUCCUGCCUCUCCCUCCUCCCCAUGACCGUGUGAUUUAGCCCCCUUCCCCCCACCCUCCCCGACCCCCAGAUCCCUCCCUGCCCCGGCCCCUCCUUCAUUUUUUAUGAUUUUCACAGCCUUGACGUUUAAUUUUUUACUGGUUUGUGUUUAUUUUUAUUUUUUUGGAAGACUUAAUAAAUUUAUUGCUGUCCGAUA